AUGUGUUUAAUAAUAUCAGGGAAAAAUUUAAAUCAAUGGGGAAUAACUCCUCCUUUUCGAACCGAAAAUAUAUCAAAAGAUUCAGAAAUCAUUCGUGAAACGUCGUAUGAUAUUGAAAAACUGAAUGCAUAUAUCAAUACUAAUAAAUUAUUUUUAAUUGACGAUCAAAAAAAGGCAUUCCAAACAAUUAUGAAAAACAUUAUAGAAGAAAAAGAGGGCCUUUUCUUUUUAGAUGCUCCAGGAGGCACAGGUAAAACAUUUUUAUUGAACUUAAUAUUGGCAGAAGUACGAAAAAGUGGAAAUAUAGCAUUAGCAGUAGCGUCAUCUGGUGUAGCAGCUACCUUAUUACAUGGAGGACGUACUGCUCACUCAGCCUUGAAAUUACCGAUUAAUUUCAAUUUAACAGAAGAACCUAUUUGUAAUAUUAUUGAUAAUCCUGCAACAUGCAAAUUACUUAAACAAACGAAUGUAAUCAUUUGGGAUGAGUGUACAAUGGCAAAUAAAAAAGGACCAGAAGCAUUAGAUAAAACGUUACAAGAUUUGAAGAAAAAUAAUUUUAUAAUGGGGAAAGUAAUUGUCAUUCUAGCUGGUGAUUUUAGACAAACAUUACCAAUAAUUUCAAGAGGAACACCAGCUGACCAAAUACAUGCAUGUCUAAAAAAUUCUUAUUUAUGGAAACAUGUGAAAAUAAUUACAUUAAAAAAUAAUAUGAGAGUAUUUCUUACAGGUGAUACUAAUUUAGAGAAUUUUUCAAGAUAG